GCCGAAUCACCCUGUGACUUCUUCAAUCAUGCUCGUGAUGAGCAUCGAGUAGACGAAUUGAAAAGAAUUGUUUCAAUUACGGUCAUUUAAACACAAUAUUCGGCUCCUUAGCUUGGGUAAAUAUAGAUGCAGGACACUCAGAAGUCACCGUGGCGCACGCUAACACAACAAAUUCGUCCUUCCUCCAGUAUUCAUUUAGGAAUCUAACACUAGUGGAGUCAAGCAACGUGUUGACAGGAAGCUGCAGCAACCACACUUGCAGUGACCAGCCCCCACUACGUAACCAAGCUCAGCCGCUAGACUUCAGAAUGGGCCCCCAGCGUCGCCGGCGCGCUGACAACCACGAUGAUGAUGCCUUUGGUGGGAACAAGCGUCUUCGUGGGGGAGCACACAUUGGGUCUAAAAGGACUCUCUUCAAUAGUGAAUCUACUAUGUCAAGCUUUUCUGAGAAGCGGUGCCUUGCUCUCUUCCAAGAAUACACCUCGGUGGACGACCCUAAAACGAUGGGACCUGAAGCUAUGGAAAAAUUUUGCGAGGACAUUGGUGUCGAGCCUGAGAAUAUUGUCAUGCUGGUGCUAGCGUGGAAAAUGGGCGCCAAGCACAUGGGAUUCUUUAGCGAAGAAGAGUGGCUUUAUGGUCUCACAUCCCUACAGUGUGACACCAUUCAGAAGAUACAAGGGAAGCUGGACUACUUGAAAUCUCUGCUGAAUGACCAAAAUCAAUUCAAGAGUAUCUACAGAUAUGCCUAUGACUUUGCUAGGGACAAAGACCAGCGUAGUAUGGACAUGGCCACGGCAAAAGCAAUGCUGCAGUUGCUUCUUGGCAAGCAUUGGCCGCUGUGCGCAUCAUUCCACCAAUUCCUCGAGCAAUCCAAAUAUAGAGUGAUAAACAAGGACCAGUGGUGCAAUGUCCUGGAAUUCAGUCGCACCAUCAAGCCCGAUCUCUCCAAUUACGAUGAGGACGGUGCAUGGCCAGUGCUGCUAGACGAGUUUGUCGAAUGGCUGCGUGCGAGGUACCCCCACCUACAUCGUGCUCCACAGACAGCCGAGGACAGUAGCCAUCCCUCGUUUGGUGCAGCCUCAUGCAGCUGAGGGGAACUGCUCACCUGCCCUCUGCCACCUCCCCCUGGACUACCUUACCCCAUCCCAACCUUCUUUAAGAACCAUUCGGGGGCAUUUGGUCACCGGUGUUUCACGCGUCGACCUCUUUCUCCCCCUUUUGCACUCCCAGUGAAUGCCACAAGAGUAUGGAACCCCAUGUCAAGAGGGCCAAAAAUUGUCUUAAUGAACAGCUUCAGCCCUUGGCACCCUCUUGUCUCGUCUAACUGGCUUGUUUUCUUUGACUAGUUAGGGACUGUACACACUACCUCUGUGCUGGACACCUGCAAAUUUUUCGUUUUUUGUCCGCUUGCGGUGUGAACAUUUGGAGUCUGUGCAUUUGCUGCGAUAAUUUUAUUAUUAUUUUGCAGGUUACUCUUUUUAUUUCAAUGAGACAAAGCUUGCGAAAGUGUAAUAUUUAGUUCGCGGAGAAAGCAUUUCCAAUCAAGUCGGCGUGAGCUGCACUUGUCACAAUAUGGGUUGUCUUUUCUUCUUCCAUGAUUGUUCUUUUCUCUAUUUAUUCGUGUCGAAGUGGCGCAGUGCACGGCUCGUUUGCUUGUACAAGUGUGUUCUGCGGCGACAGCAGGGGCUUCACCGGCCAUUUUGUUGCCAUUGUGGCCAAAGUGCAGUGCCAACAGCGUGUGACUGCUCGCUCUUGUGAUCUGCACGCGCGCCUAGCAGCUGCUUUUUCCCUUUUAUUUUUUAUUUGUUGCGCCAGCCUCUUUGCUCUCUCCUCCUCUGGUGCUCUCACAGUGAAAUUCACUUCUUCAUUUGGUACUCUCGUUUUUCCCAGAGCAAAAAAAAAAAAAAAAAAGAAAAGAAAGAAAAAGUUUGGGACAGCUCCCACCCCCCUUAUUAACUCAUGUAACAGUGCGCAAAAGUGGAAAGGGUGAUGACAGAGACAGAGAGUAAAGUCAACGUGUUUUCCACUUUUGCGCACUGUUACACGAGUUGCAAUCAACCAAGUACUGCAGAUUGGGCAAGUUAGUGCAUCAUAAUCUCGUUUUGCUAUAGCACAGCUCAUUUUGAGCCCGAAAUUUCCAGUGAACCAACUAGCCCAUCCAAGCAACCAUUCUUGACCCCCUUACUCCUCUAGUUGGUGAAUGCACCAUGCCCCAGCAAAGAUAGUCAUCAAAUGUGGCAUAUCAUGUGCUUUAAAGCGCCGCUGUACUGUGCCCUCUUGUCUGCCACUGUACCUAAGGGUGUUCCUGUGUAGUGUAGUCUGCCUGUGCAAGCCUCUUCUUUUUUUUGGGGAGGACACUUCUUUUUAUAGAAUGUGUGUGUGUGGGCAUGUGGAGUGUGUUUUUUCUUGUAUGAGGUGGGCAGCAGCAUGUGAGUAGCUUCAGGAAGUGAGCUGGCCAAGUGUUUUUAGAAGGACGGAGAAUCGGGCAUGUUGGUGUACCUUUGUGGCUUCAACAGCACGACUGAGGACGACUGACGUAUUUUCUUUUUUUUCCAAGUUCCCGCCUUUGGUUGCGCUGUUGCAGCUGCAAAGGAGUCUUCCUGUCAGAGUGCCAGUAACACAGGUGGCCUUGUGACGCUUGGAUCGCCUAGAGUGCUGCUAUGUUUUAGCAAUUUUACUAUGGCAAGGCCCCGCAAAGAAACUCCGAAAGGAACACAUUCCGUAGAUUGAACUUUCUAAGCAUUGGCUUUUGACUAUAAUACCUUACGGUGGUGUAGUACACUCUUCAACCGGUGCUGCUGCUCUUCCAAAAAAAAUAUAUAUAUGCUGUAUUGAGAGCGAACUUUUAAACGAAUAAACACUUGAACACGCAAAUACACAUUACCAAGCUGCAACACCUA